UAUCCUCUAAGCUAAUAUGCAUUGUCUCCAUUCUUUUCCAUUUCUAGACCUUUUUGUUGCACAACAAAAUAGAAUAGCAAAAGAAAAUGGAAGCUUUUUCUUCUUCUUCUUCUUUCCUCUCUACUCUUCCAAUCUCUUUUCCUAAGAACAGAACUCCUUCACCGCCUAACCUUACUAUUCUCAACGUUUCAUCGGUUAGAAUCGAAGAAAAGACGGUAACCACCACCAGAAAACCGACUCCUCAGCCGCCGGAGCAGCCGCCUGCUCCGCCGCCUAGAAAAGCCGCUGCGGUGUCUAGGAGACCGCCGGCGGAGGUGUCAUUACCGACUCUUAUAUUUAACGGGUUUGAUGAGUUCAUCAACACUUUCAUUGAUCCGCCGCUCCGGCCGUCCGUUGAUCCGCGCCAUGUUUUGUCGGCGAAUUUCGCGCCCGUCGACGAGCUCCCGCCGGCGGAGUGCGAGGUGGUGGAGGGCGCUCUGCCGUCGUGCCUUGACGGCGCGUACAUCCGCAACGGCCCUAACCCGCAGUAUCUGCCGCGUGGGCCCUACCAUCUUUUUGACGGCGAUGGGAUGCUUCACGCCGUUAGGAUCUCGCAGGGGAGAGCCACGCUGUGUAGCCGUUAUGUUAAGACGUAUAAGUAUGAGGUGGAACGGAGUAUCGGUUCUCCCGUUAUCCCCAACGUUUUCUCCGGUUUCAGCGGCCUAACCGCUUCCGCUGCCCGCGGAGCUCUGACCGCUGCCCGCGCACUUUCCGGUCAGUUUAACCCCGGCAACGGCAUUGGCCUAGCGAACACCAGCUUGGCCCAUUUCGGCGGGAAGCUUUUCGCGCUCGGAGAAUCCGAUCUCCCUUACGCCGUCAAAAUCGCCGCCGACGGCGACGUUAUCACUCUCGGCCGCCAUGAUUUCGACGGGAAGCUUAUAAUGAGCAUGACGGCUCACCCGAAAAUCGAUCCGGAGACCGGCGAGGCCUUCGCCUUCCGUUACGGCCCAAUGCCGCCGUUCCUAACCUUCUUCCGGGUAAACUCCGACGGCGUUAAACAACCCGACGUCCCGAUUUUCUCCAUGCCGCAGCCGGCAUUUAUGCACGACUUCGCCAUCACCAAAAACUACGCCAUCUUUUCCGACAUCCAAAUCGGAAUGAACCCUCUGGACCUCCUCAACGGCGGCUCGCCGGUCGGGGCUUCCCCCGGGAAAGUCCCUAGAGUCGGCGUGAUCCCAAGGUACGCCAAAGACGAGUCGGAAAUGCGGUGGUUCGAGGUGCCGGGGUUCAAUAUCGUCCACGCCAUAAACGCCUGGGAAGAAGACGACGGCAACACCAUAGUAAUGGUGGCUCCAAAUAUAUUGUCCGUUGAACACACUCUGGAACGCUUGGAUUUGGUUCACGCGUCGGUGGAGAAACUGACGAUUGAUCUCAAAACCGGCGUGGUUUUCCGGCAACCGCUUUCCACCCGGAAUCUUGAUUUUGGGGUGAUCAAUCCGGCUUACAUCGCCAAGAAAAACAAGUAUGUGUAUGCAGCGGCGGGGGAUCCUAUGCCGAAGGUAUCCGGAGUGGUGAAGCUAGACGUGUCGGUGUCGGAAGCCGACCGGCGAGAUUGCAUAGUGGGUAGCCGGAUGUACGGGCCGGGGUGCUUUGGGGGAGAGCCAUUUUUUGUGGCCAGGGAGCCCGACAACCCGGAAGCGGCGGAGGACGACGGCUAUGUGGUGUCGUACGUGCAUGACGAGAAGAGUGGAGAAUCAAAGUUCUUAGUAAUGGACGCCCAAACUCCCAACCUUGACAUUGUCGCCGCCGUCAGAUUGCCCGCCCGGGUGCCUUAUGGUUUCCAUGGCCUAUUCGUUAAGGAAAGUGACCUAAACAACCUUUGAAAGAGCAAUUUAUAUCAACAAUAAUUCUUUAAAAUUAUAUAUAUAUUGCAUAAUUGCAAUGACCAGUUGGUAACACCAUAGUUACCGAUCACAAUCAAAAGGGUGGCUGUCUCUAUUUACGGUGUUUAUAAUACUACACCUACACUUAGACUUUUGGUCACUGAAUUAUGCCUCGCGAGCUAUUUCUCAUAUUGUAUAUAUGUACAUACAUGUAUGUAAUAUUUAAAUUUGUAAUAAAGUUGUCAAAACUUUAGCAAAAGACUAAUGUUUUUUUUUUCGUGCUAUUUUUUUUUUUUAAUGUUCACUUAUGUAAUGAAACUCUUUUUAUUCAUGGUCA